GAAAGCAAGUUUGUGUGUCUCCAAACGGCCAAUAUUUGGCAUGCUAUUGUUUUGCUUCAUUUCUACAGGGCUCUGUAACUAGAAAUGAUGAAUCAGGGAAUCGAAAUUCUCCCUCCAUCCUCUUAUUUGCAGAACUCCAUCUGGUUGUUUCCGGAAAGCAAGGGGGCUAAAUGGACUGUUGAAGAGAACAAGAGGUUUGAGAAUGCUCUGGCUAUAUAUGACAAGCCAACUCCGGAUCGAUGGCUCAAGGUGGCAGCCAUGAUUCCUGGCAAGACGGUAGACGAUGUAAUCAAACAGUACAAUGUAUUGUUAGAGGAUAUUUAUGACAUAGAGGCAGGUAUAUUUCCAAGAGCUGGCUGCCGUAGCUAUUCUUUUACAUUCGAGUGGGAUGAUAACAGCCAGGGCUCUGAUGGAUCAAGACAAUACUCUAGUGCUGGUGGGAAGAGGGGCACAGGAAGCCGGCCUUCUGAUCACGAAAGGAAGAAAGGAGUGCCAUGGACUGAAGAAGAACACAGGCAAUUUCUAUUGGGUCUUAAAAAGUAUGGGAAAGGGGAUUGGAGAAAUAUCUCUCGCAAUUUUGUGACAACAAGAACACCAACUCAGGUGGCUAGUCAUGCUCAGAAAUACUUCAUCAGGCAGCUCACUGGAGGGAAAGAUAAGAGGAGAUCAAGUAUCCAUGAUAUCACAACUGUCAAUAUACCAGACACGACUUCACCUGAAAACAAUAGCCCCAAGUCUCCAAAUCAUGCUGCAGCAGUCAUGCAGCCACAGCAGCAACUGAAAGUGGUUGGGGUGGGCAAAGAGCUGCUUGACUGGAAACUAUCAGACAAAGGUGCAGGCAUGGUCUUCAACCCUAGAAACAGUAAUGCAUUCGUGGCUCCUUUAUGUGGGAUUUCUUCUUAUGGACCUAAGCUGGAAGAACAAGAUCUUCUUGGAGGAACUCUUCCCGGACCUCAAUUUGUAUCCUACAGUCCUUUUCUCCAGAUGCAGUCUAUGCAACAUCAGUAAAUGCGGAGAUGAAGUAGAGACAGUCCUGAAAAUAUUGAUGUGAUGAAUCAAAUCAUUGAUCCCAGCUUUCUUUAUCAAUCUCAUAUGUGAAUAUGUCGUUGUGAAUGUUAGCUAGUCCACAGUUCUUAAACUCCAUACGGAGAUUAGCUAGUUUGUUCAAAUUCUGGAUCAUUGAACCGCAAAGGAAGCUUAUUUACAUGAAAUUGGAGCUCUUAUUACUUAAUAGUUGUGUGUAUUGCCCUGCUGGUAGUAGACCUUAUAAUAUAAUGUUAAACAUGAAGGUCAGUGUUGUCUGUCAAGUGUAACUAGUGUAACUAGUGUAUGAAGGGUUAAGGCUUGAUAAUAAAAUCCAAGAAUUCAG